CCCCGCCCCCGAGGCGAGGCCACGGUGGCUCUGGUGCCACUGCUACCACCACUGCCCCGUAGACUCCAUCAACAACACCUGCAGGUACUGCUACCACCACUGCCCCGUAGACUCCAUCAACAACACCUGCAGGUACUGCACACCACCACUGCCCUGUAGACUCCAUCAACAACACCUGCAGGUACUGCUACCACCACUGCCCUGUAGACUCCAUCAACAACACCUGCAGGUACUGCUACCACCACUGCCCCGUAGACUCCAUCAACAACACCUGCAGGUACUGCUACCAGCACUGCCCCGUAGACUCCAUCAACAACACCUGCAGGUACUGCUACCACCACUGCCCCGUAGACUCCAUCAACAACACCUGCAGGUACUGCUACCACCACUGCCCUGUAGACUCCAUCAACAACACCUGCAGGUACUGCUACCACCACUGCCCUGUAGACUCCAUCAACAACACCUGCAGGUACUGCUACCACCACUGCCCUGUAGACUCCAUCAACAACACCUGCAGGUACUGCUACCACCACUGCCCUGUAGACUCCAUCAACAACACCUGCAGGUACUGCUACCACCACUGCCCUGUAUACUCCAUCAACAACACCUGCAGGUACUGCAUACCACCACUGCCCUGUAGACUCCAUCAACAACACCUGCAGGUACUGCAUACCACCACUGCCCUGUAGACUCCUUCAACAACACCUGCAGGUACUGCACACCACCACUGCCCUGUAGACUCCAUCAACAACACCUGCAGGUACUGCUACCACCACUGCCCUGUAGACUCCAUCAACAACACCUGCAGGUACUGCUACCACCACUGCCCUGUAGACUCCAUCAACAACACCUGCAGGUACUGCUACCACCACUGCCCUGUAGACCCCAUCAACAACACCUGCAGGUACUGCUACCACCACUGCCCCGUAGACUCCAUCAACAACACCUGCAGGUACUGCUACCACCACUGCCCCGUAGACUCCAUCAACAACACCUGCAGGUACUGCUACCACCACUGCCCUGUAGACUCCAUCAACAACACCUGCAGGUACUGCUACCACCACUGCCCCGUAGACUCCAUCAACAACACCUGCAGGUACUGCUACCACCACUGCCCUGUAGACUCCAUCAACAACACCUGCAGGUACUGCAUACCACCACUGCCCUGUAGACUCCAUCAACAACACCUGCAGGUACUGCUACCACCACUGCCUUGUAGACUCCAUCAACAACACCUGCAGGUACUGCUACCACCACUGCCCCGUAGACUCCAUCAACAACACCUGCAGGUACUGCUACCACCACUGCCCUGUAGACUCCAUCAACAACACCUGCAGGUACUGCUACCACCACUGCCCUGUAGACUCCAUCAACAGCACCUGCAGGUACAGCAUACCACCACUGCCCUGUAGACUCCAUCAACAACACCUGCAGGACGGAUGGAUAUUGCUUCACCAUGGUGGAGGAGGAAGAGGGCGGGGUCCCCAUGCUAACGUCCGGCUGCCUGGGGCUGGUUGGCUUUGAGUUCCAGUGCAGGAACACGGGAAACUCACGCCAGAGGAGGACGCUGGAGUGCUGCACGGACCAGGACUUCUGCAACCGCGACCUGCACCCUACCCUGCCCCCGCUAAAGACCAGUUAUGUGGACAGCAGUAUCCAUCACAUGGCUCUGUUUGUCUCUGCUUCUGUGUGCAGUGUGGUCCUCACCGUCAUCAUCGUCUUCUGUUACUUCAGAUACAAACGGCAGGAGUCGCGACCCCACUACAGCAUUGGGCUGGAGCACGAGGAGACAUACAUCCCCUCCGGGGAAUCUUUGAAGGACCUGAUCGAGCAGUCACAAAGUUCUGGCAGCGGCUCGGGGCUCCCCCUGCUGGUGCAGCGCACCAUCGCCAAGCAGAUCCAGAUGGUGAAGCAGAUCGGAAAGGGGCGGUACGGCGAGGUGUGGAUGGGGAAGUGGCGCGGGGAGAGGGUCGCCGUCAAGGUGUUCUUCACCACCGAGGAGGCCAGCUGGUUCAGAGAGACGGAGAUCUACCAGACCGUGCUGAUGAGGCACGAGAACAUCCUGGGCUUCAUAGCAGCGGACAUCAAAGGCACGGGCUCCUGGACGCAGCUCUACCUGAUCACCGACUACCACGAGAGCGGCUCGCUGUACGACUACCUCAAGUCCACCACGCUGGACACCAAGGCCAUGCUGCGGCUGGCCUACUCGUCCGUGUCCGGCCUCUGCCACCUGCACACGGAGAUCUUCGGCACGCAGGGCAAGCCCGCCAUCGCCCACCGCGACCUCAAGAGCAAGAACAUCCUGGUGAAGAAGAACGGCACCUGCUGCAUCGCUGACCUGGGGCUGGCCGUCAAGUUCAUCAGCGACACGAACGAGGUGGACAUCCCGCCGAACACGCGCGUGGGGACCAAGCGCUACAUGCCCCCCGAGGUCCUGGACGAGAGCCUGAACCGCAGCCACUUCCAGUCCUACAUCAUGGCCGACAUGUACAGCUUCGGCCUCAUCCUGUGGGAGAUGGCCCGCCGAUGCGUCUCGGGAGGCAUUGUGGAGGAGUACCAGCUGCCGUACCACGACCUGGUGCCCACCGACCCGUCCUACGAGGACAUGAGGGAGGUGGUGUGCAUCAAGAGGCUGCGGCCGUCUUUCCCCAACCGCUGGACCAGCGACGAGUGCCUGAGGCUGAUGGGGAAGCUGAUGUCAGAGUGCUGGGCGCACGGCCCCGCCUCCCGCCUGACCGCGCUGCGGGUGAAGAAGACGCUGGCCAAGAUGUCCGAGUCCCAGGACAUCAAGCUGUGAGGAAGGGCGAGGAGUCAGCGCCAGCAGCGGCUGACACGCACACGCACGGGUCACCUCAUAGGCCCUGCCCCCGGCCGGAGGGGGGCAGGAGGGGGGCCGGAGAGCGCCCUGUUGGGCCGUUGCAAUAGGUCCGGGAGGGAGGGGGAGAGGGAGGGGCCUCAUUGUUGCCUUGGGAACAUAUCGGGAAAUACCCAGAUCAAUGGUAACGCCUCACCUGUUCCCACAGCAGGAUCUCUGUCACGCAGCUGCAGAUGGACGCACAGCAGACAGGGGGCGCUAUUGCUUUGCUUUCUGUGAAAGCUUCAGGGUCUGGAGGAGGAGGUUGGCAGGCAGGGAGUGGGGGGCGGGUCUCGAUAGCGCCCCCCACAGUACUACCCCCCCUUCCUCCUGGAACGUCACAGCAGGAGUGAAUAUUUCCUGACGAUCCAAAACCGUAACACAGGAUAACUUAUUUCUUUUUUUUUUUUUUUUUUUUUGCCAUUCGUUCUUUAGCUCCUUUGACCCUGGAUUUUUAACGGUUGCCUAGGAGACGGAGCAAGGUGUGCUUCCACCUCUCGUCCGUGCACAGGCAGCACAUCCCCUGAGACUCGGAAAAUUGUUUCUGUCCCCUGUAGGGUACACGAGUUCCCUGGUCUCAAGAACCAUACGCUCUGCUGUGCUGAAGCCAACAACACUCCAAGGGAUAUUCAAUAAACAUAAAAUAAUUUUUUUGGAAUUAUUUUCACUCCAGCAUGUUUUCGUCUUCCGAGACACUUGCAUUGUGUCAAAAACAUUUUUAAUUCUUGAACUUUUCUGUUCCUCUGGGCUCUGGGGGGUAUCAGCUCAGUGUAAUGCAGCCUGUGACUCUGUGCUGAGACUGUGCCCAGUCUGCGCUGUACCAUGCUCAUAAUUUACACGGCCGUUAAACUUGGAACACAUGCUGCCUACGUACUGUCACGCUACAUUUUCCUGAGUGAAGUUAUCGUACGCUGCAGUGUUAUGAUAAAUUUUAGCAUUGAAGAAAACAAAUCUGUGUAAAAAUAAUGCACUAAAGCGUUUGAAUGCCUGACAGUUGUUUCUGUUGUUUUUUAAAAUGGAGGAGCAGGCAGGCUAACUGUCUCAUUUCCCAGCUUAAAGCUAAUCCACAAACUCAUUGCUACUGUUGUGCUUGAUCUUCAGGGCUGCGUCAUUAACUAAGAGUGUAUUCAAAUCCUGAUGUUAAUUCAUCGGUUUGGUUCUAUCCUAUUGUGUAAGCUCAGUAGAAGGAGUCUAUUCUGUUUGAUUUUUGUUUAACCCUUUAAGGUGUGAGAUCAAAAAUAUGUGAUUAGAAUGUUCUUAACUGAACAUUCUAGUGCUGGUGUAACAAUCGCUACUGGUAACUGAAGGCAGUGGAGUUCUAGAACACUGACGUAGAAUUUAAAGAUAAAAACUUUGAUCUUCAAAGGGUUUUGCACUACGACCUUUGAUCUCGUUCUCGUAGACCUCGUCCUUCGCUUGGUUCGUGCAUCUUACUCAGUGCUCUGGUUGUAGUUGAUUGCAAAUAUAAAGAAACACGAUUCCUUAUUUGUCAAAAAAAUAAUACAGAUAAAUUAUAUUGGUAAUUAAGGACUUGAAAUGGAAAAAGUGUUUUUUUUUUUUCUCUGUUGAUAAAUUAUGUAGAGAAUAAAUAGCUCCCUGCUCUUCGGUCAGGGGCUGUGUUUAAUUUAAC